AUGGAGCGGCCACAACCUCCCGCGAUAUCGUCUGCCCCUGACGAACAGAGACCUUCCACCCAUGAGGCUCAAGGUUUCACUACUGCAACUUAUGCCAUGGAGAUUGUGCCAGUUAAUGUGUGGAUGCGUCGAUUUGCUUCGGUGAUUGUUGCUCUUCUUUUCAUUUUUGUUAUCGCCAGCUCGCCGAGGACGUUGUGGACUGAUGUGUUUAUUUACCACCCGAUAUUUAUGUUCAUUGCCUUCUUUGCUGUGGUUCCAGAAUUGAUCUUCUCCAUUGCUGCUCUCCAGGGUUAUCUGCGGGAGAUGCGACCGAGAAGUAGUAUGUUGCGGGUACAUCGCCGAUGUGCACUUACCUUUAAAAUUGUCUGUGCGGUUGGUAUAGUUGCGGUAGAGUGGAGUAAAUUCAAGCGAUCCAAAAUGCACUUUGUGACCUGGCACGCUUGCAUUGGUGGUGUGUGUGAACUUUCACAAGUGUUAGAGACGUUGCUUGGUCUUAUAAUAUUCCAUGGUGUUCUGGAUCACCGCCUUACAAUCUCGCAACGUGCAACACUUCGUCUAGUUCACCGUCAUCUUGGUGCCAUAGUGAUUGUGACUGGUGCUUUUUCCAUGGCACUUGGUAUGUUGUCACACUUUGCUGUAAGAACCUUUGAAAUAUUAUUUCUUCGGCUUUUUUUUGCCAUUUUUCCAACUGUUUUUGUAAUAUGGGCUUAUUUUUGUUCUCUGUAG